UAAGUACGACGAGGCCAGUGUUACCUGCGCGUACAAACAGUUGCUAUAGCAACAGGUGUUUUACGACACCGAUUUGUUGAAGGACGGGGAAUUCUGUUCAGCCUCGUGGUGAAAUAGUCCAAGCAAAGAUUUAGACCACAGCCUUUAACAUCGUGACAUGAACUUUGAUCAAGCCGAUUGUUUUUACCCUUGUCAACGUGUGGACAGAAACAUGUCUGGCUAAACCAUAUGUUGGCGAAGUUGACCCUACCUGGAAACAAGAUACGAGAUUUGACGCUACAGAUCAUCAUGUUCAUGACGCCAGUGAUCUCAGGAUCGUCCCGAGUGAGUAAUGAUACAUUUGGGCUCAUGCCGCUCAAUGCCCUCAAUGGCUCAGACUCAACGUUUCCCGUGUGCUCAGACACAUCAUCCGGAAUUGUCCCACCGUCUUACGAAGAAGCCAUGACGAGCGUUCUUUGUGGGAGUUUGGCGUUCGACGUACAAAGAGAUUCCAGAAACCCGUCACCCACGACCCCUCGGUCCCGAAAACUAGAUUCCUCGCCGAGAAGUUUCAAGAUGUCUCCCACACCAUCUCGUGUUGCCCCUGUGACUCAAAGAGAUGACGUCAUGAUUUGUCUCUCACACGAAUAUCACGAGAUUUCGCCGCUCCAUUCGUCGCCAAUUCCCCACAUACAAAAUGACAAGGGUCACAGACAUUCUAGGUCACCGCAGCUACAGAGAAGUAAUUCGGAUCCACCUCCAGCUUAUGAUGACGUAGUGAACAUACCUCGUGACGCAACUUCCUGUCCAUCUUUUCAACGCUCAAGGAGCGUCGACUAUUCGGUUGGGUCCGGAAACAUCAGUAUAAUCAGCGCAACAGGGGUGAAUGGUGUUGUGUUGUCAGAGAUUGAAGAAAGUUUGCAAACGAAACGUCAGAAGAAGAAACGCAUGCACCAUAUGAUGUGCGGUUGUGUCAUGGUGGCGUUGGUUGUGGUCAUCCCAGUUCUCAUUGUGUUAAUGACUUCCGGUACCCUUUUGUCUAACAAUGGUAAAGGUCAUACUGCGCAGACGACAACCCAACCAACGAAAGCAGAGCACCAUGAACGAUUGGUCAGAUCCAUAUUGUCAACUCAAAUCGACCUAACUCUAAGGACGGAUGAACUGAAAGACACAGGAGCCCUAGGUCUUCGAAAGGAACGUUCCGCAAAUCAAGGUCAACUCAGCAGUGUCAAGGUCACGUAAUAUGAUGAAAAAUAUGUAUUUUGUAAAUUCGUAGGUGCUGAAUUUUCACAUUUUUUAUGAAAAUCCUGCGCAGCCAUUUCGGGGUCACGGGUGUCCAAGUCAUCUGAAGUGCCGCAUCUCUUUGUGCAGAGUUGCGUCCCUUGGGCGUACCAGGAGCCUAGAAUCGUGGGUUGGAAUUUCCCUGGGUUCUGUUUCUAGGUUUGCCAGCAGCAUACCCCUGCUCGUGGGUUUCAUCAAAGUCGUUAAGGUGGAAGACCCGCACCAUGCUGACACAACAUAGUACUGAAAUGAUGUUCAAAGGACUCGAACUACAUCGUGCACAUAGAUUUGUAACAAUUUUAACAUUUUACGACAUCUCUACUGGCAACAUAUUCCAUGUUUAAUGGAAAUAUCAGAUCAUGUUGGAUAAAAUUCACGUCAGGAAAUAUCAUUUUUGUGAUCACGACUGUUCGUGCUUGUUCCCGCUUGAUAACAUUAGGUGAAUCGUAUAUAUUAUUAUGUUUGAGAAAACGGUUUACAGAUAGUUAAACACA